CAUUACAGAUCAGAUAUGAAGCGCUCUGCUUUUAUAAUCCUGAUACUCAACAGCUUCUAUGUCUUCUCACAGUCUCCCCAUGAAGUUACUUAUGUUGUGGGUUGUUUCAUCGACGGCACAACACAGGUUCAGCUUGACUUUGAUGAUGACGAGGUUUUAUAUGUUGAUUUCCAAAGACAGGAGAUUGUCUACACUAUUCCCAAAUUUAUUAAAAUUGAUCCAAGUCAGUUUUUGGUGGGUAUCCAGGUUUUUAAAGAUGCUUUAGACAACAGGAAGUGGUGUUCAUUGGUUGCAAACAUGAUUGCAAAGGGAGAAAACUAUCUACCAGAAGAACAAGACCCUCCAGAGAUGGUCCUCUUCUCUUCUGAAAAAGUUGAAUUGGGAGCUGAAAACAGCCUGAUCUGCUUUCUGAAUCAUUUCUACCCACCUUCCAUCAAUGUCACUUGGACCAAAAAUGGCCAUCCAGUGUCCGAGGGGGUGUCACUCAGUCAAUAUUUCCCAAACAAAGAUCAAACCUUCCACCAGUUCUCAACUCUGACCAUCACCCCGAGUGAGGGGGACAUUUACAGCUGCACUGUGGAGCAUUCAGCACUGGAGACACCCAAAACAAGAAUCUGGGAAGCCGAAUUCAUAAAAAGUGAUGAAAGUCUUGGACCAGAUGUUUUCUGUGGAGUGGGGUUGAGUCUGAGCUUGCUGGGAGUCACAGUUGGAGUAUUUUUCUUUGUAAAGGGACACCAUGGACAGUAA